GGCCAGUGAGGCCCCUGGGGCUCUGCCAAGGGCAGUGAGGGCAGGCAGUCAUGGCACCCCCUUUCUCAGGGUGGUGUGAACCCAUGUAGCUCACAUGAACUGUCUAGACUAUUCCUGGAAAGAGGAGGAAGUGAACUUUCCUGGCACCGGCCAAAUAUUGGAGCUGAAGGUGUGAAUGACAGAAGUGGUGCCGUCCAGCGCCCUCAGCGAGGUCAGCCUGCGCCUCCUCUGCCACGAUGACAUAGACACCGUGAAGCACCUGUGCAGCGACUGGUUCCCCAUCGAGUACCCAGACUCAUGGUAUCGUGACAUCACCUCCAACAAGAAGUUCUUUUCCCUCGCUGCCACCUACCGGGGCGCCAUCGUGGGAAUGAUAGUAGCUGAAAUAAAAAGUAGGACCAAGAUACACAAGGAGGACGGAGAUAUCCUAGCGUCCAGCUUCUCCGUUGACACACAGGUCGCGUACAUCCUGAGUCUGGGGGUGGUAAAGGAGUUCAGGAAGCACGGCAUCGGUUCCCUUUUACUUGAGAGUUUAAAGGAUCACAUAUCAACCACCGCCCAGGACCACUGCAAAGCCAUCUACCUGCACGUCCUCACAACCAACAACACAGCAAUAAACUUCUACGAAAACAGAGACUUUAAGCAGCAUCACUAUCUCCCCUAUUACUACUCCAUCCGAGGGGUCCUCAAAGAUGGCUUCACCUACGUCCUCUACAUCAAUGGCGGCCACCCUCCCUGGACAAUCCUGGACUACAUUCAGCACCUGGGCUCCGCGCUAGCGAACCUGAGCCCCUGCUCCAUCCCGCACAGGAUCUACCGCCAGGCCCACAGCCUGCUCUGCAGCUUUCUGCCAUGGUCCAGCAUCUCCAGCAAGGGUGGCAUCGAGUAUAGCCGGACCAUGUGACGCCGGCUGGGCAGCCUCCGUUAGGCCCCACCCUUCGGCACCCUGCAGCACCCGCCCUCCUGGCUGUCUGACUUCUGUCCUCUGCAGAGGAGUUGGUGGCCGCUCGCCAGGCCCGUCGGCCUGCCCCAGCUGCAGGCCCGGUGCUACGCGGGCUCGGAGCAGAGCGUCCUGGGGCAUGCCUGGUCUCUGACAGCAACAAAAACAAAAGGACCUGAAUGGAUGCCUGCUGCACAAGGAUAUUGGGAGGCAGUGCUAAGAGCUGAGGUCACCUGACUGACUUUCAGAAACUUCAGGAAGAAAAGCAGGGUCCUUGAACCCUUGGCUACGACUUCUGUCUUUUCGCUUCGGAACUACGUUUAAAAAAACGUGUUCACAUGGUUCAAAUAAUUGAGGCUCUUCCAGUCCUCCUCCCUUUUCUGGUAAGCGCCAGAAACCGCCGCCUCUGCCUGUGCCGUGGUCCUGCCUCCACGAGUGUGCACCGGCCCCACUGGCCAGGUGAGGUGUGGCAGCAUCCACUGUGGUCCGCUCCUUCUGCUGCCCCUUCCCCUCCAAUGCCUGUUCCUUCCAGUUCCUUCCUCCAGAGCCGGAAUGAACUAAUGGACGGGAAGAACCCAAGUGUGUGGACAGACGUGACCCUAAAGACAGCGUCAGAUCGAGGAGGUGAAAUAAAGGGAAUGCCAGACCCUUGUCCAGAACCAGCUGACAGAAGCCUGGGGUUCCGGGAGCGGCCGCUGCCUCUUCACGCUGGGCAGGGCCAGGGCGGCUUUUCCUCCAGGCCCGCAGCUCUGGGGCUCAGACCCUGACGCGAGAGGCCAGAUGACACACCGGUUCCCCACUGCUCUGCUGGGAGGUCGGGUCUUACGGCGGCGCCUGCCGGGGCCCUCAGACUGUCCGGAGAGCGCGGGGCUGAGGACGAGUGCCCGGGAGGGUCCCGGGGGUCUUCUCCCAAGUCCCCCAAGUCCACGAGCUGCAGCUCCGAAAGGCUGUCGGUCAAGUGGGACCUGGCCUUCGGGGCUGGAGGCUGUCAUGUGCCUGUGGUCCCUCAGCCCCUGGGGGGGACCUGCCCCGGGGCAGAGACAGGCUGUCGGCGCCAGGAGGUGUGCGCAAACGUCAUUCGCUUCUGGCGGCACCCUCGCCCCCAUUCCCCAAAGCUGCUUGCUGCCAGCCCUCCAGAGGAGAGGGGUGGCAGGACCAGGCCCCGUGUGGCCGCAGCGCUCCGGCCUGAGAGAAGGGAGAGCAGCCAGGCCGGGGGGCCACUGGGGCAGCCAUGCUUCCUUCCCUCAGAACUACGCAGUCCGGGGCUACCUCGGCUUGUGAGGUGGGAGAGGGUCCUCGCGAUGAGGAGACGCCGUGGGCAGGAGAUGCGCACUCCCUCCCUCCGCCACCUCGUGACUGGCGGUGCCUCUGUGGGGAGAGGUCCCCACCUAUCCACUGAGCUUGGCUUCGUGCUGAGGCCCAGCUCAGCGUCCUCUCUAAUCUGAAUCAACCAUGAUUAUGUGAUUUUUAUUUCUGCCCGGAGGGGUAAGGGCGGAGUCUUCUGGAAGGUUUUGCCUUGGACUUUCAUAAUUGAGCUCAGAGGCCUUGCCCUGCCCCCUCCCUUCCCCCAAUCACUGCAGUGUCCAGCCCAGUGUUGAACAGAUUGUAGUGUUUUGUCUCAUUACAAAUAAACAGACUUUAAUUGGUCAUA